GUCAUACUGGUCGCGCGCUUCCCGCUGCCGCACUGACACGUCACGAAGGUCAGGCGAGAGCUGAUGGAAAGAUGGCGACCACCUACAACAGCUUCAAUUUGCACACAUCUCCAGAGAAGUUUUACAUUGAAGCCUGUGAUGAUGGUGCUGUUGAUGUUCUGGCCAUUGACAGGGUGUCCACAGAAAUGACCCUCACAGUGAGGAAGGACAUCCCUCCAUCAGCUGUUACUCGACCAAUAUGUGGCAUCAUGGGAACUAUACGACUGGUGGCAGGCAUGUAUCUCAUCGUCAUUACAAAGAAGAAGAAAGUUGGGGAUCUGCUUGGUCACGUGGUCUGGAAAGCUGUUGACUUUGACAUCAUUUCAUACAAAAAGACGGUUUUACAUCUGACUGAUAAUCAGAUGCAGGACAACAAGACAUUUCUGUCCAUGAUCAACCACGUCCUGAAUACAGAUGGUUUCUACUUCACCACAGACUACGAUCUGACGCAUACCCUACAGCGACUGUCCAACACCAGCCCAGAGUUUCAGGAGAUGAGCUUACUGGAGCGGGCAGAUCAGAGGUUUGUGUGGAACGGUCACCUGCUGAGAGAAUUUAUAGCUCAGCCAGAGCUACACAAGUUUGUCUUCCCUGUUAUUCAUGGCUUUAUCACCAUGAAGUCCUGCUGUAUCAACGGUAAAGUCUUCGAUUGGAACAUAAUUUCUCGACGAAGCUGCUUUCGCGCUGGUGUUCGCUACUAUGUACGAGGUAUCGAUUCGGAGGGCCAUGCAGCUAACUUUGUGGAGACCGAACAGAUUGUGCAGUAUAAUGGAUCAAAAGCUUCAUUUGUACAGACUCGAGGGUCCAUCCCAUUCUACUGGUCUCAGAGACCCAACCUCAAAUACAAGCCCCGCCCACAGAUCAGCAAAAGUGUCAAUCACCUGGAUGGAUUCCAGAGACACUUUGACUCACAGAUCAUAACAUACGGCAAACAAGUCAUUCUCAACCUGAUAAAUCAGAAAGGCUCAGAGAAGCCAUUAGAGCUGGCCUUCUCAAAGAUGGUGAACAGUCUGGGCAAUGGGAUGAUCAGGUACAUCGCCUUUGACUUUCAUAAAGAAUGCAGUCAUAUGAGGUGGCAUCGGCUGCAGAUCCUGGUGGACAUGGUGGCUGAGAUGCAGGAUGAGUUUGGCUACUUCCUGGUGGAUUCUGAUGCAACAGUUCAGAUGCAACAGGACGGGAUGUUCAGAAGCAACUGUAUGGACUGUUUGGAUCGUACCAACGUCAUCCAGAGUCUUCUGGCCCGCAGGUCUCUGCAGUCACAGUUGGUGAGGAUGGGCGUUCUCCAUGUAGGCCAACAGAUUGAAGAGCAGGCAGAUUUUGAAAAAGUAUAUAAGAAUGCAUGGGCAGACAACGCUAAUGCAUGUGCCAAACAGUAUGCUGGUACAGGAGCUCUGAAAACAGACUUUACACGGACAGGGAAGAGGACCCAGUGGGGUCUGUUAAUGGAUGGAUGGAACUCUAUGAUCAGAUACUACAAGAACAACUUCUCUGAUGGAUUCAGACAGGACUCCAUUGAUCUGUUUUUGGGGAAUUAUGCAGUCGAAGAGGCCGAUAUGAACACUCCUCUAAAUGAGCCCAAAGACUGGAAGUUCCUCACGCUGCCCAUCAUCAUGGUGGUGGCGUUUUCAAUGUGCAUCAUCUGUCUGCUCAUGGCCGGCGACACCUGGACAGAAACAUUGGCCUAUGUGGUGUUCUGGGGUAUGGCGAGUAUGGUCACGGGAGGCGUCAUCCUCUUCAACGGACGGGACUUUGUUGAUGCUCCCAAACUGGUGCAGAAAGAAAAGAUGGACUGAAUGUGUGUGUGUGGAAAGCAGCUCAGGCCCUCUGAGUCUUCAUCAUCCUCCUCAUCCUCACUGCUGUCUCACUCUCAGUUUCAUCAGGCCUGGAGCCUGUACUGACGGGGGAGGAUGAAUGAAGGACGGGGUCAUGCGGGGGCCGAGGCAGGACGAGACGAGAUGAGACGAGACGGACCCUGCCUGCUGCUCUCCACACGGUUGAUGUUUUCUGUAGGACCACCAGCUCCUCUCUGCACCACAAAGUCCCACAGCUCCGGCAGCGAAUGAGCAGCUUCAUGAACACUUUAUGACCAUUGUGCUUUACAUGCAUGGACUCAGGACACACCUGAACGGUUAUCACAAGGUUUCUGGCCCCAAAUCUUGUGGUUGAUACGUUCAGAUUAUUUCAUUGACUUGUGUUUCUUUACACAAACGCCUGCUGAUAUUCUGUUACCCAUCAUCACUGGUUAUCUUCAAGAGCACUCUCGCUUUCCUCAAACAUCUUUAAAAGCAUUUAUUUUAGGUGAUAAGACUUGCUUUCAGUGAAUGCCAUUUUGAAUUUUUUAUCCCAUUUUGCAAGAGCAUACGUAGGUAAAUUAUUAUAUAACUGAAGAAUUUACUGUCAAUAACAGAAGCACAUUGACUGUCAUCAUUCUCUGAAAAUAAGUUUAUUCAGAUUUCUUGUUUGUUGACAAUACUGAAAAAGCAAAGCAUGUUUGCCAGCUGCACAUCAUCAUCAGAUUAAUUAUUAAAUGAGAGCGUUUGUGAGGAUGCCAGAGUCUCGUGUACAGUCAAAUGGACAGAUUUUAUGAUGCCUGUUAUGAUGAUUUUAUGGCAGUGAUCUGGGAACUUCCAAUGAAGUGAUUAUGGACUCAUGCUGAAGUGAUUUGCUGUGGAUGUUAAACGGAUCGAGGAAAUGAACUUCUUAACUGUAUAAUCCAGAUUUGAUUUAUAUGAAUCUUAACUUCUUAUAGGACCAAAGUCUCAUUGUCCAAAGGAAGAGAGGUGUUUGUGUUGUUCCCUGCGUGUCGGCCGGCACUUCUGUUUACUGCAUGUAAGGGAAUGUGUUCAUUAUUAAAUCAUGUGCCAUUAUUCCUUGUUUGAACUCUCUGUCAGGGUUGGAUGUUGCCUUGAGUUUAUUCUGAGCUUCAUUUUGUGUCCCACUGCAGGACGUCCUCAUAUCCAACACCUGCUUAUGUCAGAAUGUAAAGAUGAAAUGUGUAUUAUGGAUAUUAAACCUGUUAUCAUUGUG